UAGAUAGAAAUGGAGGCUCCACAGAAGAGAUGCCGUAAAUCUGUGGUGUGGGAGCAUUUCCAUUUGGAAACCCCAAAUAAAGUGAGAUGUAUGUAUUGUGAUAGGCAGCUAGCCUACUUCAACAAUACAUCAUCCAUGAUGCGCCAUUUGAGGAGCACUCAUCCUGCCAUUUUGCAGUGUGCAGAGGAUGGUAACAUUCCCCCUGUACCUAGGCCUGCUACUGACACUGCUGGGCCAUCUAAACAAGGCAGACAGAGGGAAUUGGAUGAGGCUCUUGUAGACAUGGUGGUAAAGGAUUUGCAGCCCUUCACUAUCGUGGAGGAUGAGGGUUUCAUGGCUUUUGUGAACAAACUUGAUCCAAGCUAUGUCCUCCCAUCCCGGAAGGCACUUAAAACGAUGGUAACCGAAAGGUACAACAUUUCUAAGGAGAAGACAAUGGAGGACCUAAAAAAGGCAGAUUUUGUUAGCCUUACAGCUGACAUGUGGUCCUCCAUUAAUAUGGACGGAUACCUUGGUGUUACUUGCCACUACAUAACACCAGAGGCAAAGCUGGCAACUGUUGUACUGGGUGUAAGGAGGUUUUACCAAACACACACAGCCCAGCAUCUCAUGGAGGCUAAAGCUUUGCUAAUGGCCGAGUGGGGAAUAACCACCAAAGUUCAGUGUAUGGUGACUGAUAAUGCAUCCAACAUGAUCUUAAGUGCCCAGCUACUGAACCUUCGGCAUGUCCCAUGUUUUGCCCACAAUUUAAAUUUAAUUGUAAAAAAGGCCCUAGAUCAAACCCCACUCAUCAAUGAAAUACGACAGAAAGCCAGAAAGAUAGUGGGGUUAUUUAGAUCCAGCUGCAAAGCAAAGGACAAGCUUGUGGAGAUGCAGGGCUUGAUGGGCAGACCAGCUCUGAAACUGAUGCAGGAGGUGGACACAAGAUGGAACAGCACUUACGACAUGUUGCAGCGCUUGUAUGAGCAACGAGAGCCAGUGGGUGCAGUGCUAUCAAAUUUAAACAGUGAUACUGCUCCGCUGACAAGUUUUGAGUAUAACAUUAUACAAGAAUCAUUGUCACUACUGCAGCCUUUCAAACUCGCAACGACAGAGUUGUCAGAGGAACAGAGAGUGUCUGCUUCAAAGCUCAUACCACUUUACAGGAUGUUGCAGCACAAGCUAUCGCAGAAAAAAGGCCAAUCAGCACAGGAAUCAACUGCACAAUUAGGCACACACCUGCAAGAAGGUCUGCACUCAAGAUGUGGUGGGUACGAGUCAUUCAGAGCCUUGGCUCUGGCUACACUGCUGGACCCAUGGUUCAAAAAUGUGGGUUUUGGAAAUCCUGCCAAAGCCCAGGAGGCUGAAAAGCAGAUCACACUGGAGUGUGCUUCGCUGAUGCGUUCAAACACAGCAACUCCUGAGCCACAGUCAACAUCAGGCCCAUCAUCAUCAUCAUCAACAACAACAUCAACAACAGAAACCCAGGACAGUUUAUGGGAACUUUUUGAUAGUCGUAUACAUGAAACCCAGGCGAUACACAGUGCCACAGCAGAUGCCACAGUAGAAGUUAAAAAGUACCUAAAAGAUGCAUUUUUGCCAAGAACCCAUGAUCCACUAAGUUACUGGAAAGAGAGAGCUGUGAUUUUUCCUCAUUUGUAUGUCCUUGCUAAAAAAUAUCUAUGCAUGCCAGCAACAAGUGUCCCUUGUGAGAGGAUUUUUUCUAAGGCUGGAGAAAUUAUCAGUAAAAAAAGAAGUAGGCUAAGCCCUUCCACAGCAGAGCAAUUAAUAUUUUUGAAUAAAAAUCUUUAAAAAAAAAAAAAAUUACACCAUUGUGGAUUUAUUUGUUUUAUUCAUUUUUCAUGACCAAAAUAACCUAGUUAUUAUUAUGAUAUAGGAUUAUAUAGGAUAUUAUUAUAGGAUUUUAAAAUAUCACCACAUUAACGAAAACAAAAUAUUUUUAUUUAUUUUUAAAUGGCUUGUUGUCAAAGUUGUUUCAGAUAACAUGGGCAAUUGGCCACUAGGUGUCACCGUGGAGACGGGUGUCGGUAAAGUUUCGAAGCCUCGAAACAAAUACGGCACUUUGCUUCAACUGUUUCAGUGUUUCAUGAA